AUGUCUGGAGAGACUACUAGGUCCGGAGAGACUACUGUGUCCGGAGAGACUACUGGGUCUGGAGAGACUACUGAGUCUGAAGAGACUACUAGGUCUGGAGAGACUACUAGGUCUGGAGAGACUACCUGUUCCGGAGAGACUACUGGGUCCGGAGAGACUACUGUGUCUGGAGAGCCUACUAGGUCCGGAAAGACUACUGGGUCCGGAAAGACUACCUGGUCCGGAGAGACUACUGGGUCUGAAGAGACUACUGGGUCUGGAGAGACUACUGAGUCUGAAGAGACUACUAGGUCUGGAGAGACUACCUGUUCCGGAGAGACUACUGGGUCCGGAGAGACUACUGUGUCUGGAGAGACUACUAGGUCCGGAAAGACUACCUAG